GCCACGUCGCCUUUGCAUACCCUUCGCGGCCCGACUCGCAGAUCGUACAAGGACUACAGCUUGACGAUUCACGCCGGCCAGACGCUCGCGCUUGUCGGCGGCUCGGGCUCGGGCAAGAGCACGGCGAUUGGUCUUCUUGAGCGCUUUUACGACCCGGCGUCCGGCGCCGUCUUUCUCGAUGGCCACGACCUCCGGUCGCUCAACGUGCAGUCGCUCCGCAGCCACAUCUCGAUCGUGUCGCAGGAGCCCGUGCUGUUUGCGGGCACGAUCGCCGACAACAUCGCGACGGGCAAGCCGAAUGCGACGAUGGCCGAGAUCGAAGACGCGGCCAAGAAGGCCAACGCGCACGACUUUAUCAUGCGCUUUCCCAACGGGUACGAGACGACGGUCGGGGACCGCGGCGUGCAAGUGUCGGGCGGCCAGAAGCAGCGCAUUGCGAUCGCGCGUGCCAUCAUCCGCGACCCGGCCGUGCUCUUGCUGGACGAGGCGACGUCGGCGCUCGACACGGAGAGCGAGCGCAUCGUGCAAGAGUCGUUGGACCGUC